GAGAUUCAUUCGAGUCUCUUUGUCGGCAGACGCGAACGUGAACACAGUUUUCUAAUAAGUGUGCGUCUACGUAACGCAAAAUUAGAAUAGUUUGCCUAGUUUUUACUUUUUGUUUAUAAUAUUAAUUAAGUUUUAAACAAAAAUAAAAACAAUGGCCACAGAAACUACUCAAGAAGCAUCAAAUGUAAAAGCAGAAGGUAAUAAUGAAAAUAAUCCACGAUCUGGUGGAAACCAGAGUGGCGGCCAAGGCGGUGGUAGUGGCGGAGGAGGAGGUGGAGGUGGUCGUGGUGGCCGAGGACGUAAAGGAUCACGAUUUUCUGGUGGUCGAGGAGGCUAUCAAGGCGGCGGAGGUCCUAGGAAUAAUGAUAUGGCGAUGAAAAUGAGUGAAUCGAUGAUGGAAAAUUCUGAAGGGAAUAUGCAAGAUAAUUCCGGCUCCAACACCGGACCUUCAGGUCCGGGAGGACGCGGCGGCGGCCGUGGCGGUGGACGAGGUGGCCGCGGAGCCGGAGGAGGAGGCGGUGCCGGUGGUGGCGAUAGAGGACAAAAUAGAUCACAAGAUGAUCGUCUUAUGGAAAGAAUAAUGAGUUUAAGUGGUCCCACACAUGAAUUGCCGCCCCAAGAUACCGCAGAAAAAAAAUUCAGCGGUCGUAAUCGCUUAUAUGUUGGUAAUCUCACAAACGAUAUCACAGAAGAAGAAAUUACCAAUAUGUUCUCUCCUUAUGGCGAAAUAUCAGAAUUAUUCGUUAAUAAAGAAAAAAAUUUCGCAUUUUUAAGAAUGGAUUACCGAGUAAAUGCAGAGAAAGCUAAACAUGAAUUAGAUGGCACAAUGCGCAAAGGCCGUGCUAUUAGAGUCAGAUUUUCUCCACAUUCAUCUGCGAUAAAAGUUAAGAAUUUAACACCUUUUGUAUCUAAUGAAUUAUUAGAACGAUCAUUCAGCGUCUUUGGUGAAAUCGAACGAGCUAUUGUUAUUGUUGAUGAUAGAGGAAGAAGUACAGGUGAAGGAAUUAUUGAAUAUGUCCGAAAACCAUCAGCAUUGAUGGCUAUCAGAAAAUGUAAUGAAGGAUGUUAUUUCUUAACUGCUUCACUCCGGCCAGUAAUUGUUGAACCUUUUGAACAACAAGAUGAUAUCGACGGUUUCCCAGAUAAAAACAUUCCACGAAAAAAUUCUGACUUCUUCAAAGCUCGAGAAGUUGGCCCACGAUUUGCCCAGGUUGGUAGUUUUGAACAUGAAUAUGGAACAAGAUGGAAGCAAUUGUACGAGCUAUAUAAACAAAAAGAAGAAGCACUGAAACGAGAAAUGGCUAUGGAAGAAGAAAAAUUAGAGGCUCAAAUGGAAUUCGCCAGAUAUGAACAUGAGACUGAAUUGCUACGUGAACAAUUGCGAGUGCGAGAAGCCGACAGAGAGAGACAAAAACGUGAAUGGGAAAUGAAAGAGCGACAGGCCCAGGAACGGCGAUCGCGAGAAGAGGAAGCUCAACGUCGACAACAAGACGAAAUGGCUAUGCGAAUUCGACGCCAAGAGGAAGAACUUCAUCGGCGUCAACAAGAAAAUACUAUCUUCAUGCAGGAACAAGCCAUGCGUAGUGGUAGCGGUGGUAAACCUUAUGACAAUGUAAAUAGUAAUGAUCGCGAUGGAUACGGCAACGUCGAUGGAGGCAACAACUUACCAGUGGACCCAAAGUCAUUUAUGGACGCGUAUAAUAUGGACCGCAAUAAUCGUGGUGGGGGUUACAAUGAUGAUCGUGGACAAAUUAUGGAUCUUAUGGAUAUGAGAGUUGAUAUGGGCAACAUGGGUAAUAAUCGUGGUGGAAAUAAUGGUGUUGGCGGUGGUGGGCGUUGGCAAGGCGGAAAUGAUAAUAGAAAUCGCCAAGAAGACUUUCCGAAUAAAAGGAGACGUUAUUAAACCCCGAAAUAAAUAUAUUAGCAAUCACUAAUAAUUAUUCAUCUAAUCUGUAACAAAAUAAUUGUUUUCGUAAAUAUUAGUUCUUGGAAUAACGUCUAUGAUCUUUCUUCACGAAUUAUGAUGUCUGUUACAGAUUUUAUAACACUUUUGUGACAAACAAAACAAUUAUCCACUUACAAAUUUAACCAUUUAUUGGUCAAUUUGUAUUAAACAAUCUUUAGACAUUCUCUAUAAUAUAACAAAAUAUCAUUACGAUGAUUAGUAUUGCUAUAAAAAUGUGUGUUAUCAUUAGGCAUCAUUUAUUUAUGAAUUUAAUUGAUAUCCGGAUUAAAAAAUAAAUACUCUAUCGUAUUAUUAAAUCUUCCGGCAAAUUAUCAAAUUAAUAAUCAUUAGUUUUCAUUAUAAAUUAUACAAUCGUUUAUUUCAUUGAAUUGUGAUCAGUUGGUUGAUUUUUUAAUAAUCAAGCUAUUAGAAAGUCAUUAUGUGUAUGCUCAAAUAAGUUGCUGUGUAUACUUUGAUUACUUUUGAAUUACUUGACGAAUUUCAUGAAAAUACAGAGUAACAUUAAGAUAUAACAUACAACAUAUUUUAUCAAAUGAGCUUUUUUUAUGAGAAAAUUUCUGUGAGUAAUAAUUUUUUUGACUAGAAUAUAUCAAGUACGUAUAGCUGAAUUAUGAAAAUAUGUUUUAAGUCAUAUUAUAAUAUUACUGAUUAAGGAAUCAUCAAUACUUACGUAUUUGAAACAAUCUUCAGUAGAAUUGGAUUAAAUACAAUCAUACUAGUAGGAUUAUAAUUGAUAAUUUACUUGCUGAAAUUAAUUUAUCAAUAAAUUUUAGAAAAAAAAAUUGACCGAACUUUUUUGAAUUACACUCAACAUUAUCUUAAAUAAUAUUUUAUUCUACAGAUAUUAUUUGAUUUUAACUUUUUUUAUUACCAUUAUUUUUAUUAUUUACCCACUUAAUUAUGGUAUAUAAUCAUCUAUCAAAAAUAUCUCACUUUAUUGUGGAUAUUCAAUUUUUAUUUAUUAUUUUAUUUUAUACACAAUUUUGUGUCGUAAAAAUAAAUUUAUUUAUUUAUUCAUUUAUCUCGACUAUUUUGAAAACGAAAAACUUACAGUUACUGCUAAAUCAUGUAAUUUGAGCAUUUGUUAUUACGACAUUCUUUUAUGGCGGAUGGACAUCAAUCACAAGAUAUUCUUUCUUUCUUGAAACCACUAGUCAAUGAACCACUAAUUUCAGAUACGAGCAUCUGCGGGAUGAAAUUCUUUGAAACACCUGCAAUCUGGGCAGUCUAAAGUCUUAUAAAUUGAAUUUGACAUGCAGAAUUCAGAAAGCCACAUCUGGAUGAGUCAUUUUAAUGUUCAGACAAUGAAGAUUAGCUGGAAUUAAUAAUCUCAUUAUCAGCCUUCAGUGACGGUAAACAGUAUAGCAAAGAAUGUGGAAUUACAAAUUCUGAGAGCCAUGAAUAAAGCUAAGGAUGAUCUUGCGUGAAAAGAAUAAGUUUUAGCAGUAUAUAGCUGGAAAAGAGCACACGGAAAACUAAGAAAAAUAAUCUUUCAGUCAUUUGUAUUACAACUUUGUACUAACUAAAUAAAUAUGAAGAAAAGAAUUUUAUUUAAUAGA